AUGCAAAAGGUAGCGGCCGGCUACCAUGCUACCGUCUUCGCAUACGGCCAGACAGGAUCCGGCAAGACGUAUACCAUGGAGGGCUACCGCUACAGACCGGAUGCGAAGGCUGCGGAAGCCGGCAAGCCCCAGGUCUGUGUCCACUCCACCACCCCCGAGCGAUUGGGAGUGAUACCUCGCGUGCUGCAAAAGCUCUUCGGGUAUGUCGACAAGCUGCAGCGAGAGGUUGAUGACAUCGGUGAGACGUUCAGCGUGAGCAUCUCUUUUCUGCAGAUCUACCAGGAACGAAUCUACGAUCUGCUGAAUCCAGCGCCGGUUCUGCCGCAGGGCUUCGGUCAGGCCGAGGACAGCGGCUUACGGUUACGCUGGGAUGCAGCGAGGGAGCACUUCUAUGUGGAGAACCUCUUCGUGUACCAGUGCACCUCGGCGGAAGAUGCGCUGAAGUUCUACAACGCCGGAGUCCAGCGCAAGCAGAUGGCUUCGACCGCCAUGAACAUUGCUUCGUCGCGGUCACACACAGUGCUCAUGCUGACGCUUCGUCGACGGUCUGUCCUUGCAGAAACGAGCGACCUGGGCUCAGGUGAGGCCGUGCGGGAGGUGAUGUCGCACCUGGCGCUGGUGGACUUGGCAGGCUCUGAGAAAGCCGCCGCAGCCAACGAGGGCAACCCGGAGCGCUUCAAGGAGGCGGUGAACAUCAACCAGUCUCUGUUUGUGCUCCGGCGUGUGAUCACCGCCCUCAGCCGCCGGGACAGCAGCCACGAAGAGGACACGCACAUACCAUAUCGCGAAUCGAAGCUGACUUCAUUGCUGCAGCACGCUAUUGGUGGUAAAGGCUUCAUGGUGAUGCUCGCCUGCCUUUCACCGGCAGACCGAUCCUACGAGGAGAAUCUCAGCACGCUGCAAUACGCCGCGCAGGCCGCUCUCAUCAAAAAUGAGCCGACAAUCAACCUGGACCCGAAGGAUCGCCUCAUCCAGCAGCUUCAGCAGCAGCUCAGAGAAGCGCACGCUUUCAUCCUCGAGAAGAUGGGCUUGCAGGAGCUGCCGCCGGAGCUGCGGCGGAACUCCCUCCCAGCACCUCGUCCUCGGCGAGCUCAGGCCCGAUCCAUGAGCGCAGGACCUCUUUCCAAAGCGAAAGAGGUGACCUCCGCUGCUCCCUCGAGUGCCCCCGAAUCCAGGAGGCGCAGCGAGCGGAGCCUCGAGAGGGGCAAGGCGGAAGAUCCGCCCAAGUUUGGCAGCGAAGGCGAGAAGCGCCACAGGCUGCCACCAAUCCCCUCGCAGCGCAGCGCUGGUGCGGACUUGGCAAUGUACCGGUUGUCUUCACCAUCGCAGAGCCGAGGAUCCAGGAUGAAGCACAGCCUCAGCGUGGAGAGUCACGACGUCGUUGACAGUCCCGUGAGGUCUGCGCUUGCCGCAGAGAAUCCAAGACCACAGGUGCGCAGCCGUGGUCUGCCGCGGACCUGCAGCUGGGAGUCGAGGAAGGGCAAAGACCUGGAGUCGCAGCUCAAGGAAGCGGAGGCCGCCACUCAAGCUUUGGAGGCCAAGCUACGCGAUGCUCUGCGCCGCAAGGCUGAGAAGGCAGAGAAGGCGGCGCAGCUGCUGCGGCCGCCGGAGGGCGCUGAGACCUCGGAGGUCGAUGAAGACCGCCUCCAUCCGGAGCGGCAGCUCUCCGAUUCAGACUCCAUGCUGCCAAAGUAUCUGCCGGCAAAUCCGCUGGGAGAUGAAGCCUUGGCCAAGUGGGCACAGCACGUCCUGCACGAAAAAGAAAAAGGACACGGGAUCGGUGCUGAGAUAGGAUGCCUUUUGGGUCCCCUUGGUCAUUGA